AUGGGACGGUAUGUUUCGUCUACGGGUGUUCAUGAAGAAUUACUGGGUUUACUACCGCUCAAAGGACAAACUCGAGGAGAGGACAUUUGCGCUGCAAUUACAGAAUUUUGUAAAGAGAAAGAAAUCAAUUUAGAUAAGCUGAUAUCUCUUUGCACUGAUGGAUCACCAAAUAUGGUGUGUAAAUAUAAAGGAUUUGUUACUCUUUUUGGCCAAAAUGUGAAACAUGAACUACUAUCUUUUCAUUGUAUUGUUCAUCAAGAAGCUUUAUGUGCUCAAACAUUUCCAGUUGAAAUUAACCAAGUCAUGGCACUAGUAGUGAAAAUUAUUAACAAAAUCAUAACUUCAGCUCUAAACCAUAGACAGUUUCGUGCAUUACUUGAUGAAGUUAAUGCUCGAUACAAGGAUCUUCUAAUGUUCAAUAAUGUACGUUGGUUAUCGAGAGGGGCUGUUUUGAAGCGCUUUACAGAUUGUUUCGAACCCAUAAAAGAUUUUUUAACAAAUAAAGGCAUCAACUACCCCGAAUUGUGCGAUGAUAUGUGGCUACAAAAAUUGUAUUUUGCUGUAGAUUUGACUUCAUCUCUAAAUCACUUAAAUAAAAAGCUUCAAGAUAUUGACAGCGGAAACCUUGAUCAUUUUGAAUCUUUGAAAGAGUACACGGAAAGCUCAGGUUGUGUUAUUGAUUUGGAGUAUUUUAAAUCGGCCAUUCAAUCCAUGAAAAAUUCGUUUAGUAGACGUUUUGCAGAUUUUCGAAAAUAUAAAUCUACGUUGAAGUUCUUGACAUCACCACUUAUAGCGGAGACUGGACAAAUUAAUUUUCCAUCGUUUCCAUCUGUCGACAAAAGACUAUUUUCAUUGCAAUUAAUAGAUCUAAAAACCAAAGAUCUUUGGUCUACAAAAUUUGAGAAUUUGAAAACGGAUAUUGAAAAUCUGGAAAGGGAAAAAGGAUUUUUAGCUGCGAACCAUAAAUGGACGGAACUCGCUAAAUGUCAAAAAGAAGAGCAAGUUAUAUUUGACGUAUGGAACAGUCUUCCCGAAAGUUUCAGUCAAAUAAAAAUGGUCGCUUUCGGAAUUUUGACCAUUUUUGGAUCUACUUACAUUUGUGAGCAAACAUUUUCAAAUAUGAACUUUAUUAAGAAUAAAUUAAGAAAUCAACUGAAUGAUAUCAGCCUUGAUGCUUGUUUGAAGUUGAAAACUACAGAUUACUCUCCAGAAUUGAAUAAGCUGUCUGGAGAAAUUCAGUGUCAAAAAUCCCACUAA